AUGUCCAAGGCAUCUACUGCCAGCGCAUGGCCCGGAGCUCCUCCCGCCGCUGAAGACGGCUUCGCAUUCGCCGACGGUGUAUUUUUCGCCCAAUCUUCUGGCCAGAACCGUCAUCGGCGCGCUACAGCGACCGAGCUCAAGGAGCAUUUCACCUCUGGCAACGACAAAGAUCACCCGGCGCACUGGUUUGAGGCCCAACUCAUUCACUACGGCCUUCCACCAUCCAAGACCAAGUCUGUCGCGCGCAUGCGAUUGUUUGACGCUGUUAAUGCAGGUAACCUCAAAGUGCCGGCAAGUGUGAGCAAACUUGAGACCAAAUUGAAGAAGGAAUGGACAAAGAACGAUCGCGAGGCGAAGAAGGGUGGGGCGAGCAAACCUGCAGUGCAAGCAACACCUGUGAAGACUGAGACAAAGAAACCGACUGCAGUGGGUGCCAAAAGAAAGGCAAACGACGACGAAAGUAACGCGAAAGUCAAAAAGCCAAAGACUGCAACACCAAAGACUGCGACACCAAAGGCAAAAGCGCCAGCGAAGACACCAGCAAAAGCACCCGUCAAAAGCACGGUGAAGACAGCGGCAAAGGACCCUGAAACGGGCCCCGCACCGACACCAGCGCGAAAGCCCCAGACUGCGCGCUGUGUCAGAGGCGGUGCAUCCCAAGGCCCUGGCAGAGGCGCAAGCACUGCUGCAACAGAGCCAGCAAAACAGCCUCGAACUAAGCAAACUGCACCCCGAGGAAACGGAUCGCGACGGUCAACUGGUCCAAGCCGCCCGACAGCAAGAGACCCCUCCCCCGAAGCUCCCAGAUUCGCAAAGCCUCAGACUGCUCGACGUGGCGGCGCUUUUGCGGCCCGAGGACGAAUACCCGCUCCGUCCGGCUACGAUGAUGCUCCACCCCCAUACUCGGAAUUUCCAGAUCAAGAUUACUCCUCGGAUGAGAACAACGGCAGCGAUGACGUCGGCGAGGUCAGUCUUGCACCUUUGGGUCUUUUAAACGGCGACUACGAAGUUGAAUCGCUCGAUGUGAGCGAGCAAUGGGAUUUUGACCCUGAUGAGUUCCAAUUGACCCUCACAAUUUCUGGCAACAGACUCUGGGGAAAAUUUGACCUCGGCGUCUACAAAGGCGUACUCCUCUUUGAAGAACGUCCCAUGCGCUCAUCGCAUGAUCGCGUCUGGUUCAAAUGGCGGGGUCGUGAAGAUCAGGGACCUAUAAUGUACGGGGACCGCAACGAAGGUUGGAUGGAGUUUCUUGGCGACGGUCGCAUUGAGGGUUGGUUGAACCACCAGUCUCUCUCAUUCCAGGCUCGUCGACUGCCUGGUCAAGGAACGCGCAGUAGCAUUGAUGCUCGCACUCUGCAGGAUGAAUGGAACGGGUAUUCAUAUGAUUUGUACGAAGAGGAGAAUCGGGCGCGGUGGCGAUGA